AUGGCAGGUCUUCUGGCAGGCGAAGUGGCAGCAGUCACCGGCGGUGUGACUGGAAUUGGACGAGCCAUAGCACUGGGGUUCCUUCGCGAGGGUGCAUCGGUUACAGUCAACUACCUCGACUCAGAAGAAUCUGUCAAGCACUUCGAGAGCCUGAAAGCCGAGGCGCCCAAAGAUGCACGUCUCACAGGAGUAGCAGGAGACAUUGGCAAGAAAGAGGUCGCCCAAGCCAUCGUAGAGAAAGCAGUAUCUUCAUUUGGCGGCCUUGAUGUCUUCGUUGCCAACGCUGGCGUCAGCCAGUUCAAGGACUUCCUAACGCUCGAAGAAGCAGUCCUGGACUCUCAUCUUGACACCAACAUCAAGGGCACCUUCUGGACCUCCCAAGCUGCAGCCAAGCACAUGGUCUCUCAGGGUCGUGGCGGCAGCAUAAUCGGCAUCUCAUCAAUCAGCGCACAUCUCGGCGGAGCGCAACAAGUCCACUACACCCCAACGAAAGCUGUAGUACUAAGCAUGAUGCAAUCUCAGGCUUGUGCUCUUGGGAAGCAUGGCAUUCGCUGCAAUGCCCUUCUGCCUGGAACUACGAGGACUGCACUGGCAGCUGGCGAUCUUGCGAAUGCAGAUAAGCUGCGAUAUCUAGAAACUCGAACGCCAUUGGGACGAGUUGCCGACCCUGAAGAUAUUGCCGGUCCAGCGAUAUUUUUGGCGAGUGACUUGAGCAAGUUUGUGUCUGGGGCUCAGAUCUUGGUCGAUGGCGGAAUCUCAGUAUCGUUGCAAUGA